CGAAAGCCAGCAGUCAUGCGGAUGGAAACAGUCGUAUGCAUCCGCUGUGGUGCAAGAAGAAAGUUCGAGGAAAGAUGCACGAAGAGGAUGGCAGCGAAGCAAAUUCCCCAACAGCUUCGGGAAUUGUGGCAUCCAAAUCCCUGGACGUGGCCGAAGUCGAGGGACCCAAGGACCAGCCCGCAAAACUAUGCGGCCACUUGACCAAACUGGCUGGCAAGGGGCCACUGAGGGGCUACAAGCCGAGGUGGUUUGUUUAUGAUCCGAGGAAAUGUUACUUGUAUUACUUCAAGACUCCUCAGGACGCUCUGCCGCUGGGCUACAUGGAGAUAGGCGAUGCGUGCUUCAGCUAUGAUGUGGAAGGAGACGAGGGCCUGUUCGAGAUCCACACCACAGGGAAGGAGUUCCUUCUGAAGGCCCCAAACAGACAGAUCAUGCAUUACUGGCUGCAGCAGCUCCAGCAGAAGCGCUGGGAGUACAGCAACACGCGCGGCUCCGGGCAGAGAGACAGCUGGAGCUCGCCAACACAGGCUUUCCCUCACACCGGUCUCGUUGCCGGAGACAACGAAGUGUUCUCCAUUGAGAAGUCAAACGAGAACAUGGAGAAGGUGCGCAGUGACUUCGCCCUGGAGACUGAGACCCACUGCGGCAGCAUCGGAGACCCGCCGGGCCUCACGUCCGCCAGGGGGCCCGGCGGCGGAUCCUCCACCAACCACCUCAACUUCUCCCUACGCAACUGGGGCACCGAAAUCAGGAACUCCAUGUCUCACCUGCGGGCCGGGAGAGGAGGGGAGCACCGCCGCAGCGUCUUCAACACCCACAGCGCCGCCAACGCCUCCGCGGCCGCGUCGGAGGACUGGGAGCUGGUGGAGCCCCCGCCCAAAGAGGGCCCCGAGCAGAAGGGCGCUCCCCCGGCACACAGACACUCCAUCGCCUUGCCCUUCGAGUUCGGGCGGAGUUCCCUGCGUCCCAGGAGGCCCUUCCUCCGAGACAUUAAGGGCUCCGUGAAGUCCGGGCGCAGCGCCGACAGUGCGUCCCCCGUGGAGCCCCCCGUGGAGACCCAGCUGCGCCUGCAGACCCAGCAGGAGGAGCUGGGCCGCCUGCAGCAGGAGCAGGAGAAGCUCCGCGAGGAGCUGGCCAGCCAGAAGGAGCUGGUGAGACUCUUGCAGCAGACUCUCAGGACGUCCCAACGUGGCUGGUCACCGGCCGGCCCCCACUCCCCGCUCCUCGCCCCGGUCCUGAUCCCGGAGUCACUUUCAGCCCCGGGCCCGAGCCCAGCUCCUGAGGAGGCCCUCCACGCGGAGACGGCGCUCCAGGAGAGGGACAGGCAGCUGCAGGAGAGUGACAGGCAGCUGCAGGAGAGGGACAGACAGCUGCAGGAGCUGUGCGGCCACAUGGAGCGCCUGGCGCUGGAGAAGGAGAGCCUGCAGCACGAGCUGAAGGGCCUGAAGAUCAAGGUGGGCGACAUGAACGAGCAGCUGGGCAUGAUGAUGGAGACCAUCCAGGCCAAGGACGAGAUCAUCAUGAAUUUGUCCCAGCAGAGCGCCGAGGCCGGUGGCCACGGCAACUGUGGCAGUCCACCGCCCUGCAGCAAGGACCUGCAGGAGAUGGACAACCUCAAGGGAACACUUCAGGGCUACAAAACUCAGAACAAGUUCCUGAACAAAGAGAUCCUGGAGCUAACCGUGUUACGAAGAAAUGCGGAAAGCAGAGAGAAGGCUGUUGAUGCAAAGUGCACCUCCCUGGAGGCCAAGCUGUGCCAGGUGGAGAGCAAGUACCUGGUGCUGCUGCAGGAGGUGAAGACCCCCGUCUGCUCGUCCUCGGAGCAGAGCGCCGCUCGCGACGUCAUCUCCCGGCUGCUGGAGGACGCGCUGCAGGUGGAGCCCUCGGAACACCAGGACCACCCCGUCUUCAGGCCAAGCACCGUCAGCGAGUACGACGCGUACGGCUUCAAGACGGUGCCUGAGGAAGAGGAGGAGGAGGAGAAGCUGGACGCCAAGAUGCGCGCGCUGGAGCUCAAGUCCCUGUCCAUGACGGACCAGGAGGUGUCGGUGGGCGUCAAGUGGGAGAACUUCCUUGCGGGCACCAUGAACCGCGACCUGGUCCCCUCGCCCGAGCUGAAGGCGCUGAUGCGCAGCGGCGUGCCGCACACGCACCGCCACAAGGUGUGGCGCUGGUGCGUCAACCUCCACGUGCGCAAGCUGCGCGAGCACCUGCCGCCGGACUACUACGAGGCGCUGCUGAGCGUGGCGCGGGACAUGCCCAACCCGGCCUCCAAGCAGAUCGAGCUGGACCUGCUGCGCACGCUGCCCAACAACAAGCACUACGCGUCGCCCGGCGCCCCCGGGGUCCCCACGCUGCGCAACGUGCUGAUGGCCUUCAGCUGGAGGAACCCCGACAUCGGCUACUGCCAGGGGCUCAACAGGCUGGUGGCCAUCGCCUUGCUCUACCUGGACCAGGAGGAGGCCUUCUGGUGCCUCAUAGCCAUAGUGGAGGUCUUCAUGCCCAGAGACUACUACACCAAGACUCUGCUCGGAUCACAGGUGGACCAGCGUGUCUUCAAGGACCUGAUGAGUGAGAAGCUGCCCCGUCUCCACGCCCACUUUGAGCAGCACAAGGUGGACUUCUCCCUCAUCACCUUCAACUGGUUCCUGGUGGUCUUCGUCGACAGCGUGGUCAGCGAGAUCCUCCUCAAAAUCUGGGACGCAUUCCUGUACGAGGGCCCCAAGAUCAUAUUCCGCUUCGCCCUCGCCCUCUUCAAGUACAAAGAGGAGGAGUUCCUCAAGCUGCAGGACUCCACCGCCAUCUUCAAGUACCUCAGACACUUCACACGCACCAUUCUGGACUCCAGGAAGCUGUCGAGCGUGGCCUUCGUGGACAUGAACCCGUUCCCCAUGCGGCAGAUCCAGAACCGGCGAGCGUUCCAUCUGGAGAAGGUGAGGCUGGAGCUGACGGAGCUGGAGGCCAUCCGCCAGACCUUCCUCCGGGAGCGGGAGGACCGCCAGGACCGCCACACCUUCGUCAGCGACGACGAGGAGGACAACUGAGCGGGGUGGGGGGGGGGGGGGGGGGGGGGUGUUGGGGGCUCACCACCGCUGGAUCAGAGGAGAUGCCGUCCCCGCUGGAUCGUCUGCGGCCCAGCGGUGGAAACCAGUCCCCCCCCUCCUUGGCUGUUACGUUUCCACUGACCCAAACUCCAGUGGCUCAAAGGCUGUCCUAUCAGUAUUCUUGCCAUUGUUUGGUUGUCAUUGGUUUUUUGUUUGAAUAACUUUUUGCUGUGAGCAGAUGUGUCGUAUCAAACAGUGUUUUAAAAUGAAUGCAAUUUAGUUGUAUUGCUGUAUUGAAUGAUUGACACGUGAUUUCCUUUUUGGGAUAUUAGUGCUUUUGUCUUACAAUCAUUUGCUUAAACCACUUUUCUUCUUAACAUUUGUAAGAUGUAAAAUUAUUCUCACAUCUUACAAAAGUGGCCCAGUGAUGAUCACUAUCAGGCUGAUUUAGCUUUCCAUCCGAUUGAUAUCUGCAAAAUCUUCCAUGGUGUUUGGAGCAUGGUAUUUGCAUCAAAGUAACGCCUUACAAGGUGUGUUGUAUUAAUAAAGACUGUUGGUUCUUCUUGGGGCAUUGUUGUAUACGGCUGGAAGGAUUUAAUCCCAAGCCUUUCUGUGGCUCUAUUUCUAUGUUCAAAAUAUCCUAUCCUGUGUACCCCGUCCUCUCCUGUACAGCUGUCCUCCACAAGGGGGCUCUAUAACUUUUCAUGGUGGUAUUCCCACAACAGUACAGCUGUUGACAUUUAUGUAACAUGAUAUAUGAUUUUUUUUAUCUGAUGUCACCAAAAAUGUAUGUACUUUUUUUUUUUUUUUUUACAUAUGCAGUAAGUCACUCUUUGUGAUCGUAAAAUCACGCAAUUUGUUUAACCUGUGGUCAAACACCACCUAAAUGCACACAUACAAAGAGAACACACGCACAAUGUAACUUAAGGCCAAAUGUGGGCCAAAAGAAAGAAAGAAUAUACCCUUAGUCCAACGAAUGUCCUAGCAAACUAAAUGUACAUGUUUACGUAAUGAUCUUAUCCAGAGACACAAACAUCACGGAGCUGUUGUUUCACCCUGCCUUCCACAGCUCAACCCUUUCACAUUAUUUCACUUCACAGUGUUUACAACGGUAUAUAUUGUUUGGUACUGAAAUAAUGGACAACUUCUUAUUUCCUUCCCUAUGUUUAUGUAUCUGUGAUACUUAUGGAAGCAUGCGUUGUGACCUAUCAAACGAGGACGAUAGUAGGAUGUGUGGGCACAGCCCUGGCAUGCAGACAGAGUCUAGUCCCACACCUCAAGGUCUUGAAUUUGGAGAGCGGGUCUCUCCAAAGAUAAAUUCCUCUUCCCCAUGACAUCCUGAAAUCAUAUUCUUUCCUGUACAAUUAUAUUUGCUCAGAAACUUUCAGGAAUGAUAGUAUAUACUGCCAUUCUAUUGUGUAAGUAUUUAUUAUUACUUGCAUAUUACUAAGUAUUUCAUUUUUCUUAAAUAUUUUCUGUAUGUACCUGCUAUUUCUCUUUAUGACAGCUAGUCUUUAUCAUUUAAAUACGUAAUUUGCCUUUCAAGCAACAUCUUGCACAUUUAGUGAAGUGUUCACCUCUGAGACAACUUAUGUUCCCUCUAAAUUCAGUCCAAUGCUUACAGGAUCAAUGAUCCGGAGGUAUACAUAAUAUCACUUACAGUAAAUACAAUAAAAGUUUUUACUGCUGUAACA